AUGAUCUUCCACACAGGACCAACGAAGCCUGCGCUGGUCCUGCUCUGCUACGCAGGGACCUGGCUGGCCAUCUGCAGCUCGUCCUUUGGUGCACCAACACGAGAAAAGAUAACCCUCACACUUAGACUCUUGAAACACGAGUCUAAGGUUCUUUAUGAGAACUAUAAAGGAAACAUGGCAUCUGGGAUGUCAGUGAACGAGUCACUACAGCUGCCCUGCUUCAGUCUGGGCCAGGAAGCAUUGACCAACAUCUCGGUCAUCAAAGCACAUCUGGAGAAAGUCAAAGUGUUGAGCAAGAACGCAGUAGAUACUACUAAGGUCACAAAACGGCUAGAGGACAUCAGCUGUUCCGACCCUCCGAAUGUAAACAUUUCUGGACCUGGAGAUGAUGUCUAUGCUCAAAAAGGGUUCAUGCUUACUGUUUUAAAGCGGUUCUCAGACUGCAUGGCAGAACUGCAAGCUAAGGACAGUAUAUGCUGA